CGCGUCGUAAACAAGACUGACUCACACGCGGCCGCUCGCACUUCUUUUGUACCCGGCUGCAUGUACUGUCGAUCGAUCGAUAUCUGUGGAAUAUUCUCGAAAGAUCCAGAAUGGUCGAGAACUCUCUAGUAUAAUUGGGGUCCGUUAUCGUGUUUCCAGGACAUUCCGGAAACAUUGAGAUCAGGAAGAAACGCGUCUUGAACACUCAUACUUCGCCUUUGGCGAUAUAUUAUUAUAAGUGCUCACUUUAUUCCUUACUAUAUAAUAUAGUUGAAGAAUUCGCAAUUUUUUUUUAUUCCCUUUGAGAAUUAAACCCAAAACCCUGAGGUUUUCUUAGUGUAAAUACGUCACCAUAAUUUCGAUUAGUUCUGAUAUAACAGAAAAAAUUUCAAACCUAAUUCUAUUAAAUCGUUAAUCGAUUUAAGGCGGUAUAUUUAUUCACAGCUUUUGCCUAUAAAUCGUAUGUUUUAAAGUGCGCAGGGUGUUGUCAGUUCCUUGUAACGUUACCAAUUAUACUCACAUAUAUACUCUGUUAACGUUACUAAUGUCUUUCUAAAUAGUCUGUGGUUAUAAUGUGAAUGAUUAACGCCCUCGCAAUUAGAACUACCAAUGAGCAUCAUCAUUGCAUUGAAUUGUCAAUGCACUGACGUACGUCCGAAUGGCGCCUGCAUAAAUAGGCGUGCAACGCGACCCGCCGCCUUUUUGAGCCAUUAUCUUUGGCCGUGGCACUACAUAUUGUCACACACGUCGUUGUUCCCGCUAGGUUAUCAAAUCAGUAUCAAUACCUCCGCCAGUGCUCCUGAUGACGAAAGUCCUGAAGCAUAUAAAAAAAUCAUUAUGUUAAUCGUGCAAACGAAUAUGUUGCCAUUCGAGUCGUUGGAAUUUCCCCAAAAAUGUUUAAUAUGCCAAGAGCUCGACUUGACAGAGAUGGUGUUUCUAUGCGUCGCGUGCACUUUCAUUAUUUUACUUCUCAUGCAGACCUGUCGCAUCAUAUCCUACGGCUCCGAGGACGUCACAUUGUAGAAUGGAUCAAGGCAAUGA